CUCGUAAGCGCUUUCUCCUGGCUUCCCAUCACAUUUGGCAGCACUCCAGGCUCAAGAACUUUUGGCUUCGUGUGAACUUCGCCUAGACUCUCGUUGGAGCGACAAGGCAACUCGAUGAGGUUAGCUUAGGUCGGUUCCCACCUUACGAGCACUCGGAAUGAGCCUCGACUUGCUAAUGCCACCAUCUGUCGCCAUACCAUCGUGUGCACGUCAGUCAUUGGGCCCCCGUCCACCCCUUCGGGCAAAGACAGGAUGUUUAACCUGCCGCGACCGUCGAAAGAAAUGCGAUGAACGUCAACCCAUAUGUUCUGGCUGUAUUCGAAAUCUCCUAGCUUGCCGUUGGCGACAUGGCACGACCUUGAAAGCCCCGAGCACUUCAUCACGAGUAGCCUCACAAAAUGGCCACAAACGCGUCUUGCUCAGCGAAGCGGCCUCGACGACACUAGGUUCUGAGUUUCAGCUGACGCCCAACCGGCCAAUGUUACUGCCGCAAAGCUUGAUCACAGCUCAAAGUCCUGGUUUGAAAACUGCCACCGACCAUAAACUCUUUGCCUAUUUCCUCGACAAGGUGCUGCCCUUGAUGACUAGACCUUACGUUCAAGCCGAGUUCCAGCGACACCCAUAUCACCUGGCCGUUGCAUUGCAACAGCCCAUUGUCAUGGACGUCCUGCUUGCGACUGCGGCCAUGCAUCACUCGGCAGAGGGCGGAGACAUGCAAGUCCAGGCAUUGAAGUAUUACAGCACUGCCACCUUCAUGCUUCGACAGAAGAUCGCUGUUGGGGAGAUCAAUGGCGCCGAGGACUGGCUCGCUCUUAUGGUCAUGGCACUGUGCCUGUUCGAGCGGUGGAAUCCAUCCCGCCACCCCAAAGCCGGGUCUCAUCUCCUCGGAGCGUGCCAGAUCCUCAGGUUACGGCACAACUACAGGCAGAGAAGACACGACGACUAUCACGAUUUGAAGUUCGACCGUUGCCUCGCCGAGACCGUUGUCUAUCAUCUGUCGGUCCUUCCGAUCUUUGAGGGAGCACAUCUAACGAGAUAUCACUCCUGGUGGGCUGAGCUAAUGAGCUUACUCACCAUGAAGGCAUUUCCAGAUCAGCCGCAGUGGGCGAAUUCACCAUUGCUUGGUGGGCGACCUUCUCUAUUUCGCAUCAUUGGCGACGUGACGCGAAUUCGCCAUGCCGAGCAGAGCAAGGAGUAUAUCACCUUGCUGACACAGCAGCUCAGCGAUCAGGAGUACCUGAUUCAUCACGGAGCACUGGCUACUUGGGACGAUGACCGCAAACUGGCCUGUUAUCGUGAGCUCCGACUGUUUUCUACUUCGGCCAGAAUUCUGCUUGCCAAGUCUAUUCAUCGCGAUCUCUCGGCCACUGAAGCGUCAGUUCAAGACCUUGUGUGCCAGGGUAUCGAGCAGCUUUCCUCGUGGCCUUCUACGGCCCGGUUUGACCAAUAUUUCUGCUGGCCUCUUUUAGUGAUGGGCUGUGCCGUUACAUCUCCUGAACAUCUGAGCAUCAUCCGACAAAAGCUCGCCGAAAUUUGGCGAUGCUCCCGUUGUGGGGAUGCUUGGAGAGUCAAGGCCGUACUCGAGUCGGUGUGGACAAGGCCCAGAGGAACGCUAUCGGAAGGAGAUGUCGGCGAAACGUUGUCAUGCGGAAGCUCAUCAUCCGCCUUUGAUUUAUUACUAAGUAGAGAAGGAGUGUUUCAACUGCUGCGUACGCGGCCAACGGAAGAAGAAUCGAAGGCCCCUAGCCAGUAGCUAGCUGUGAUGGUGGGGCACGUGCCUAUCAAAUUGCCAUUCUCAGUUUGAUACAAUGACCUUGAGAGGAUUGAUAUAUUCUUUGAUCG